AUGCAGUUUGAUGAAACAGAUCUGUCGACCCCCAAACAAAUUGUCGAAGCAUUCAAAAACUUCUUCUCCAGCGUUUUCAUUUCAUCGUCUAUUCCUACUGCUGAUCCUUUUGCAACAUCAACUAAUUGGCCAUCUAUAAAUCUUACUACUAUAUCUGAUGAAGAAGUUGACUCAUCUAUAAAAAAACUAAAACCCAACAUGAGUGCUGGCUUGGACUGUGUUCCUACAUUUCUUGUUAGUGACUGCUCCAAUGCGCUACUUGCGCCUCUAACCCUUAUUUUCAACAAGUGUAUUCAAACUAGCACAUUCCCGGAUGUUUGGAAACUUGCAAGAAUUUGUCCAGUUCUUAAAUCGGGUGAAUCAUCGAAUAUACAUGAUUUAAAGCUUUACAGAGUUAUUAAUUUUGAAGAAGAUUGUCGACUAUUGCAGGAAGAUCUUAACAGAGUUAGUAGAUGGGGUCAUAAUAAUGAUCUUCUAUUAAACACAGAUAAAUGUCAUAUAGUUUCGUACUCUCGCAAACUCAACGUACUACAUUUUGAUUACUUAAUAUGUGAUACAAACCUCAACAGGUCUGACUUUGCAAGGGAUCUUGGAGUAAUAUUUGACAUGAAACUAAGUUUUAAUGACCAUAUGAAUCAUGUUGUUACAUCGUCUCUUAAAUCGCCAUUCUACAAUUAUCAGUCACUCAAUUUAGAAUUUGUGCAGCAACGCUUUUUAGAGUAUUUGUAUUUUCGAACUCACGCUGUGUAUCCCCUAAAUGGAUAUUCACAACAACUGUUGCUGCUCGGAAUAUCAUAUUGGGUCCCUUCGCUCCAGACGUAA